AUGGCAUUAGACAUUUCCUGCCAGCCACGUUGCCUGUUCUCCCCACCGUCGGUACGCUCCCCUACGCUACACAAGCGCCUCGCAAGAAUCCUCCCUAGCUACAAGAACCGCAUCGCAUCUAUCAACUUGACUACACCACCGCGCUCCCGUCCUGAACGCCGUUUCGCGGUCUCCGCGUCACAUCAGUUCCAGGUACCAGCGCGCCUCCGCAAAAUCAUUUCCACCUCCCCGUCGGCUUCAGAAACUCAACCGUCAGAUGCGCUAAGCCAAGGAAAGCUUCUUACAAAUGACACCGCUGCUUACUAUGGAGACCUUAGUCAUGUUUUCGGUGGUAGUAUCGCCAGCGCGGAUGGCGCUGAACCGGAGCAGAGGCUAGGCGAUGCCGCCACGUGUCUUUACCUGAUUCGCGUGAAGACAAGCCGAGAGCCACUUUCCGGCAUGUCGAUGCCAGGUGGCGGCGUCCUAUUGGCUGUGAUUGGAGAAAAUGGCGACACGAUUUCGGUGCGACUCCAGCCACAGGAUGACAUGGAAUCUACGGUUCAGAAGAGCGUUGACAAAAACGAGCGGACGGAUGCUGCAGCCACUGGAGCAUUGCCAGUUGUUGCAACGGCAUUCGCUGCAGGUCAGACAGCGGAAAUCCGUCUGAAUGCGCCUCGCAUUGGCCCAGUGGUAGCUGCUUGGCUGGCGCCUCAACGAGGCGCCACGUGGCGAGUUGACAGCGUGGCAGUCACUGUUGUUCCAAACAUUGCAGCAGUAAGAAAAGCUGCUUUUACAGAAGCAGGAGCAGCAGAUGUUGUGACGGCAGCAGCAAUUGAUACCUCAGCAGCCAUAGAGUAUACGCUCCUUCCAGGACCUUUCUCUCCCACUUUUCUUGGCGACCCUUCAGGUGGGGGUAACAGUGGCAACCCCGACAUGCCAACAGCGAUUCAACUAAGAGUGGCUCAGUCACAAAUACUAGAUCCCUCGUUUGCUCUGGCAGGACCCGCAGCAGCUGCUACGGCUGCCAAAGCUGCGGAGGAGGCUCGGAGAAAGAGGGAGGAUGGGUUGAGGGAGUAUGAAGAUCUGAAGAGGCUGAUGCUGCUGGUUACCACUGGGUUGGUGGUUACUGGGACCGGAGCUGCUGGGUGGGUGGGAGGAGUGGACACUGCAGUGGCGUUUGCUGCAGGAGGGGCGGCGGCGCUUGUCUACUUGCUGAGAUUGCAGAACCGCGUCGAUGAGCUUCGAUCAGCCGAUCGGACUGAAACUGCAAAACCGCCUCAUGCAGCAGCGUCUGGCGCAUCAGAAAAUUCUAGCACCAUUUCUGAAACGCCCGGCAUGGAUUUGAAAGGAAGAAUCGGGAAUCCUGAGGACCUUAACCUGGUGCGAAGCAUUGGAGUCCGGGCGGCGUUAGCAACUGUUGCCAUUGGAUCAGCUGUUGCCCUGUUGGGAGGUGUUGGUGGUGGAGAGGGUGACGGGGGCCUUUUGACAGGAGGAUUGCAGGUUCUGAAGAUUGAGCCGCAGCAGUUUGCUGCGGGUGUGUUGGGCUUCCUUUCUCACAAGCUUGCUCUCGUGCUGGUGGCGUUCACGAGUGGGAGUAAGCAUACGGAUGAAUAG